CCACCAUGUCCCCUUUUGAAUAUUAAUUUGGUAAUGACAAAAUAAAUAAAUUUAUCAACUGUUGGGCCAUUACAGUCGAGUCUUAAAAAUGAAAGGAAGUAAGUUUUAAAUCUUAACGCACUACAAUCAGACAAUUAUUUUUUCGGGAAAUUUUUUGAAAUGAUAAUUAAUAAAUUGUUUAUAUUAUUGUUAGUGAUAUGUUUUUGUGUAUCUAUUACCUAUUGUGCUAGAGGAGGGGGAAGAGGAAAACCAGCAAGAGGCAGAGGACGUCUGUACAACUCUAGGAUGCCAGUUAUAAUUCAACACCGAAAUCCUGCGUCAAAGAACUACUAUGAAAAUAAGGAUGGGGCAAAAAUAGUUAAAGCAAGUCACUUUGAAUUAGAAUAUAUGUUAGGAAGGAAAAUAACUUUCUUCUGCAUGGCACAAGGAUAUCCCAGACCUGAAAUAACCUGGUUUAAAGAUGGGAUUGAAUUAAUAUACCAUAAAUUUUUUCAGGUACAUGAAUGGCCAAUAGGUAAUGACACAAUGAAAAGUAAAAUGGAAAUCGAUCCCACAACACAAAAAGAUGCUGGGUAUUAUGAGUGCCAGGCUAACAAUAAAUAUGCUAUCGACUCUAGAGGAUUUCGGACAGAUUAUGUUAUGGUUACAUAUUAGUAGUUUUCGUAGCACUCUGACUAGUAAUUAUGGACUAUAGAGGGAUAAUCACAUAACCAAUGGAAAAAAAUAUUAGUCAAUUGUCAUGAUUUCAAAGGAAAAUGAUUAUUGAAAAGAAAUAAUACUGAAUGAGAUAUAAACCAAAAUUUUGAUUUAUUACAUAGGCACCCUCUAUAUUUUUGUAUAUUUGGUUAGAAUAAUGUCUUACAGUUACAAUGAAAUAAGCUUUGAUAGGAUGUCUAAUAGUAAGAGAGAUAAGGGCAAAAGAGUGUUUUAAAAAGAGUCAGUUAUUGAGACAAUCUUUUGCCUGAUACAAUAUACUUCAAAUAAAUGACAUACCCUUUUGGACAUAUUUCAUAUUUCCUACUAGCCUAUCAAAACUAAUUCUAUGGAAUUGCUCUAGCUAAAUAUGUAACAAUAUAAAGUGUUUUGUUUAAAAGAAAACACCUCAUAAAAUUAAAAAGAUAUGGGAUUAGAAUGUUACAAAAAUAUUCCUGUAUAAAUGAACACAAUUUUUUUUUCAAUUUCACUUUUCUAUACUUUCAUCUGUAGUUUCAAUUAAUAGUUUGCAAAUUAUAUGGGUGAAAUUGUAAAAAAAGUAGGUACUUGUAUAGAAUUACUUAAGUAAUGAACGAAAUGCACAUAUAUCCAGCGAUAUAUCAAUA